AUGCAGCAUGCCAUCGAAUGCAGCUUGAAAGCAUUCUUGUGCCGGCGCUCAAGUAGCGGUGUGUAUGUGAGGGAGACACCCCAAAUGGAGGAGUCGACGACGGUGUUUGCUCCGGUGGUGUCUCAAGAAGCUUGUGAACAGUUUUUAUUGAAUUCCACCGCGUUCGUGGCUUACAGCUUCUAUGAGGACGGCCGGACCUGCGAGUUGCUUUCAGACAUUUCCGAGAUGGUUUCGUCCAGCUUUUUUCAGAGCGGAGCAGCCGUGAAGGAAUUUCCUUGGCUGUGCAACUUACAUUGCCAAGAUGAACCUCGAUGGACCAAUGGUAUCAUCCUGGUAUCAAGGUAUCAUACGGGCGGCUGCCAAUGUUGCAUCAACGAUUGGGAUGUUUUACCGAGAACAGGGCAGCAGCACUACCUUUGUUCAUCGGAGGCUUGCCAAGUCUGUGACGGCACUGGCACUUCCAGCGCCGUCCGUGCCGCAAAGCUUGGCAUUGUCUGGAGCUGGCGACUUUCUCUGCCGUGGCUGGCGCUGGCCACUGCAAGUGUCCUUGCCGACUUGUUUUGA